AAUUUUGCGAAUAUUUCCAUAUAAAUACGAGAGGUCUAGAAAAUCUUGAGUAUUCGAAAAGUUUUUAAAAACUGUUAAAGUAAACAUGAAAUUUUCUUUAAUUAUUUUAUUGGCUGGUCUAUGUUUGGUGGCCGUAAGUGCCAACAUUCAAGUGUCCUCUUCGGAGGAAAUUGAUGUUGACAACGAUUACGAGUAUGUUGCCAAUGAUGUGGCCGAAGAUGUUACCGAAAUUGAGGAGUAUGUUUCUUGGUUUGGCAUUUAUUUCGUUAUACGCAAGGCUAUAUCCUUUAUUAAGGGUGUCAAAUGUACUGUAAAGGAAGUAUAUGAAAUUAAGGGAGCUGCCGAAACUUUUCUCGAAGACAUUCAACAAUGCGGUGAUGAUGUUAAUGCUAAGGUUCAAAAAUUGAUUACCACCUGCAAAAAUAUCGUUACAACCUCUACCAAUAUCAUUAAUGUUAAUGAAAAUGUUUGCGGUAAUAGUGCUAACACUACUUCCGAUGAUGAUGCUGAUGAAGUAGCUGUUGACACUUUCCGCACUAAGACCCCUGUUAAAUGUUUCUUCAAGUUGUUGGGUAAAACUUUGAAAUUGAAAAAUCAAAUUAAAACUGCUAUUCGUUUGAUUAAGAAAAUUCCCAAAGUUCCUGGUGAAGCUAAUGAAUGUGCCAACACUGCUGCUCAGGAUUUGGGUAGUGUUCUUAAUGAAUUCCCCGGUAAUGUUAAAUAUUGCUCUAAGUUGUUUAAAAGAAAUUAAAUAAUUAAUUUAAAUCAAUGUGUUAAUGUUUUCGAAGAUGUUAGGAUUUAAUAAAUAUUUUGCAAAGAAUUAA